UGUUGAAAAAUAUAAUUUAGAUCGUAACUUAUAAUCACCAUCAUCAAUCAUGAAUCCCAUUGAAGAGAGUGAGAGGAAAAUAAUUAUUGAAUUUUGUCACUUACUGGAAAAAUCAAAAGUCCUGUUCAACGGUUUGAGAGAACUACCACAAUAUGGUCAUAAGCAAUGGCAAUCUUAUUUCGGCCGCACUUUUGAUGUUUACACAAAGUUGUGGAAGUUCCAACAACAGCAUAGAGACAUAUUGGACAGUAAAUAUGGAUUAAAAAGAUGGCAAAUUGGCGAAAUAGCGUCCAAAAUUGGACAGUUGUAUUACCACUUCUAUUUAAGGACGAGUGAAACAGCUUACCUCAGAGAAGCUUUUGCGUUUUAUCAAGCUAUCCGUGCCAGACGCUACUACACGCACGCGGUUAAAGAAGACAAAUGCGAACUUAUGGUCAAAAAACUAAGAUAUUACGCUAGGUUCAUAGUCGUUUCGCUUCUCUUGAAUAGAUUAAAAUUGGUUGACGAUUUGAUACGUGAACUUGAUAACCAAAUUAUUGAAUAUGGAACAACAUACAAUGCUGAUGAUCAGAUUGAAUGGACUGUUGUUGUCGACGAGGUGAAAGCGUUCCUGGACGCUGAACCAGCUGUCCAAAUCUUACACACGGACGUGCCAAUACCUGAUCUCUCCAACAGAAUACACCCAGACCAUACUCCAUACAUCGAAAGGGGGCCGCACAUGUACCUUACCUUACAAGAUGUCAUUAUUGUUGGUAGUAAUACACAGCAGGCAAAGUUUUCGGAACUCACCAUCGACAUGUACAGAAUUUUGCAAGUUUUGGAGAAGGAGCCAAUUGGGCCAGCACCACAGAUUCUCAACGAGGACAUUCCACCUCAUGGUCCUCCGUUAGCUCCCCAUUCCACCCAGAGAGGGUACGUUGUAGGAGACAGUUUCCGUCGAGACAACCCUCACAAGUAUUUGCUGUUCAAACCGACAGCAUUGCAGUUCCUGGUAUAUUUAGCUAGCAGCUGCAAUGACUUACCUCCAAAUGGAGCGAUACUUCUGUACAUUUCCGCUGACGGAUACAUUCCACCCCAUGCACGUAAUACUGAAAACCUUACCGGCUACGAUUGUGGAGGAUUUAUCACAUCUGGUAAACUGGAAACACCUCGAGAGCCAAGAGAGGCUAGAGAUUCUAGAGACUCCAGAGACUCAAGGGAUCCAAGAGAUUCUAGGGACUCUAGAGAUUCACGGGAGCCAAGGGAAUCCAGAGAACCCCGGGAUUCUAGAGGUAGCCAAUCAGAGAGGGAUCGGCGUGGUAAAGAUAUCUACCUACUGUACCCAGGUGAUAUAUACCCAUAUACUAGACGACCCCUCUUCAUUAUAGUAGAAUCAAAUUGCUCAGGAUUAAUGCAAAACAUACCGCGACAUUUUAACCAGCCGCUAGUGAUGCUCCUAUCUGCGCAAGAGUUACCAGCAGGUUUGACAGAGCGCACGCACCAAGGAAAUUUAUUAACUUUAUUCCUUAACAAUCCUUUGAUGGGAUUCUGUGCAUCUUGUGAGCUCUACACCAUCGAAGAGAGAAUGCUAGAUGCUUGCGAACCACUCGUGUUAGACUUUCUAUUUCAAAGCAUUCAACUUAUUACACGAAUUCGAAUUGAUAUGAAUUUCUUCGCAUUUAUGGGCGACGAGUUUUUGCGAAUGAUUAUCCUGCGCUAUUUGUUCUGCGAGUGUUCUCUGAGGAUGAACAGGAACUUUCGAUCGCGCUCACAAAUAGUACGAUCUGUACCAACAUUGCCAGAAGAACUGCUAUCACAUGCUUCCCUUGUGCCGAUCGUUUUGAAAAUUGCUGAUAAUCUGGGGGUCAGAAGCCACUUUACAGACGUUUCCGGAACAGGAUCAGGAUCGAGGGAAUAAAUACGUGAAAAGAUAAGAUCGCUUAGAAUAAUUUUAUUCCUCUAUUUAAUUGUUAUUAGUUACAGCGCCAUCUGUUGUAUAGCUAAUAACAAUUACGGUUGUAGUACGUUUUGAUUGUAGUGUUGUAAAUCAACACUAGAGGACACUCAUCAUAUUUCACCACUCGACUUUAUAACCGCCUAAAUUAAUAAUCCUGUCGUUGUUUACAAAAUUGUAUUCAUUACCCUAGUAAAAAAUUGUAUGCUUUAAUAAUGAAUUAUAUUAAAAUCUUGAUAUUUAUAAUAAUGUACCUAAAUACUUUAUGCACUGAAUUAAAAUAAAUAAUUAGCUCAAAUAUUUUUAAAUUCAAGUAUUUAUUACUUUAUAAAUUAAUUUUAAGCAAAUGUUUAUUGCUAUAUACCUAG